UGGCGGCCGGCGGCCGGAAUCGUUUCCUGGGUAAGCGCAGCGGGCUGGGAAGCGUUUCCGGAAGGCUGGCCGCAUCCCGCAGCGGCUUCAGGCGCCUCCGGGCCGGGCGGCGGAGCGGCGCGGCGGGCAGCUUUCCUGAUUUCUGCAGCGGCCUGAGGGGGUGCUGGUGCUCCAGAACGCGGUGCUCUUGUACUGUGCUCUUUCCACCACCAAGCUGGGAAGAUUAAGGGUUUCGGUCUGUGCUUUGGAGGCAGCUGCCAGCGUGUGGUGAUGUGCUGACUGGCACUAUGGGCAGGCGGUACCCAGGGGCUCACUAUCGGCCAAGCAGCUCAUAUUUCAAAUUAUAAUCUAUUUCCUGAUGCAUUGCUGACGCCCCGCGAGCCAUGUCAGAAGUACUUCCAGUCGAUUCCGGCGUGGACGCGCUGGCAGUGUUUAUGGCAAGCGGCAGCACGACGGAUGUUGUGAACCGCAACAGCCCCGCCACGCCGCCCAACACCCUGAACCUGCGCUCCUCUCACAACGAGCUCCUGAACGCGGAGAUCAGGCACUCGGAGGGCAAGAACAGCACCCCUCCGAAAUGCAGGAAGAAGUAUGCGCUGACCAACAUUCAGACGGCCAUGGGCCUUUCCGAUCCGGCAGCUCAGCCCCUCCUGGGGAACGGCUCUGCCAACAUAAAGCUGGUGAAGAAUGGGGAAAACCAGCUCAGGAAAGCUGCCGAGCAGGGACAGCAGGAUCCCAACAAAAACCUCGGUACCACUGCAGGUGUGACUGUGACUUCUGAGAAGUUUGAAAGCAAUGAGCCGAUCCCGCAGGAUUCCUCCGGCUGUGAAAUAUUACCCUCGCAGCCGAGGAGGACCAAGAGCUUCCUGAAUUACUAUGCCGACCUGGAGACAUCGGCUCGAGAUCUAGAGCAGGGGUUCGUUGCGAUGGACGAUAAGUCCGCACAAAGCAACAGCCAGGCUUCUACUGUUAUCGUCAAUGGGAAGGUCCUGGCCCGGAAACAGAACAAGGUGCCAAGCCCAGAGGAUGGCCAGGUCGCCACGGUGUCAUCAAGCCCCGAGACAAAGAAAGAUCACCCAAAAACUGGGGCCAAAACAGACUGUGCCCUCCACAGGAUUCAGAACCUGGCCCCAAGUGAUGAGGACUCCAGCUGGACUACCCUGUCCCAGGACAGCGCCUCGCCAAGCUCGCCUGAUGAAACAGCAGAUAUAUGGAGUGAUCAUUCAUUUCAGACAGACCCAGACUUACCACCUGGUUGGAAAAAAGUAAAUGACAUUGCUGGGAUCUACUACUGGCACAUACCAACAGGAACAACUCAAUGGCAGCGUCCUGUGUCCAUCCCAACAGAUCUCCAGGGCUCACGAGAAGGAUCGCUUGGUUCCAUUACUCCAUCUCCUACUCCAGAAACUGAGAAACAGCCAUGGAGUGAUUUUGCUGUACUGAAUGGGGGAAAGAUUAAUAGUGACAUUUGGAAGGACCUGCAUGCAGCCACUGUGAACCCAGACCCAAGUCUGAAAGAGUUUGAAGGAGCAACAUUACGUUAUGCCUCUUUGAAGCUCAGAAAUGGUCCACAAUCUGAUGAUGACGAUUCUUGUAGCAUCAACAGUGAUCCAGAGGCCAAGUGCUUUGCUGUGCGAUCUCUGGGCUGGGUAGAAAUGGCAGAAGAAGAUCUGGCUCCUGGGAAGAGCAGUGUUGCUGUGAACAAUUGCAUCAGACAACUCUCUUACUGUAAAAAUGACAUCAGAGACACUGUUGGCAUUUGGGGAGAGGGCAAGGACAUGUACCUCAUACUGGAAAAUGACAUGCUGAACCUGAUUGAUCCCAUGGACCGCACAGUUCUGCAUUCGCAGCCCAUUGUGAGCAUCAGAGUCUGGGGCGUGGGGCGUGACAACGGUCGAGAUUUUGCUUAUGUGGCAAGAGACAAAGACACAAGAAUUCUGAAAUGUCAUGUGUUUCGAUGUGACACACCUGCAAAAGCCAUUGCCACGAGUUUACACGAAAUCUGCUCAAAGAUUAUGGCUGAACGGAAGAAUGCUAAAGCUGUGGCUUGCAGCUCAUUGCAAGACAGGACAAAUGUCACCCUUGACGUUCCUCUGCAAGUAGAUUUCCCAACACCAAAGACAGAACUGGUCCAGAAGUUUCACGUCCAGUACCUGGGCAUGCUACCUGUAGCUAAACCUGUGGGAAUGGAUACUCUGAACAGUGCCAUUGAAAGUCUAAUGGCUUCCUCUAGCAAAGAUGACUGGUUGCCAGUUACCAUGAACGUUGCUGAUGCUACUGUCACAGUCAUCAAUGAAAGAAAUGAAGAGGAAGUCAUGGUGGAGUGUCGUGUGCGGUUCCUGUCCUUCAUGGGAGUUGGCAAAGACAUCCACACGUUCGCCUUCAUCAUGGACACAGGAAACCAGCAUUUUGAGUGCCAUGUGUUCUGGUGUGAACCAAAUGCAGGCAAUGUAUCAGAAGCUGUUCAGGCUGCUUGUAUGUUACGGUAUCAGAAGUGCUUAGUAGCCAGACCUCCUUCACAGAAAGUUCGGCCACCCCCGCCUCCUGCAGACUCGGUGACCAGGAGAGUUACAACGAACGUAAAGAGAGGAGUCUUGUCCCUCAUUGACACUUUGAAACAGAAGCGUCCCAUCACUGAGAUGCCCUAGCUGUGUACGAGAGCAGAUUCUCCUGCAUUUGACUGAAGAUAACAGCGGCUACACGAAGGAAAUGAACGGACGAUGUCUGACCUUCCAUUUCAGUUGCUGAUGCUUUCUCCUCAGAGAAUUUACCCCUAUCGAAACAAUGUUAGACAAGCAUGUUCUCUUGUUCUUGCCACCAUCAUGUGAUAUGAAAAGAAGCAUGAAUAUUUUUUUUGCUGUCACUGAGUUACAUCAUGGGCGAUGGAAGGUCUGUUUGAUUGUAAAUACAUGAACAGUACUUAAACUCACGCAAAAAAGAGAAUAUGGCCACGUCCCUCCUGGUGAACUCAUGCUAAAGUCCUUGGAGUGAAUGAUGCCUGAGUUAAAAGUUUCACCUUCUUGAGCUGGAUUUGUCACAAACGAAUCUUAAAUCCUACAGCACUUUGCUCUCUUCAACACUGGAAUAGGUAUCAAGUAUUAGCUACAACUGAAUUACUGUAGAUUUAAUGCCAAGUUUUAUUUUGUACAGAACUACACCUGUUUUAAAUUGUUUGGCAGCAUUGGUCUAGCAACUGCUUUGACAUCUCCCUGACAUGUUUUUAAAUAAUAGUGUCAUUUUGUCAUCUUCUGGUUACACAUUAUGGUUUUACAGAAGAAUUGUGUUUAAAACCAAACAAAUGAUGAAAAAUCUGGAAGUGUUUUCAGUAACUGAGUUGCAGGGUGAUCCACUGAAGCUUUUCAGCUUUAAACAUACAAAUUCAACUGCUGGCUGUUAAAUUUAUUCUCCUACAUAUAUAAUUAAUUCAUAAAAUUACUGUUUGUUCCAUGGAGGGCUCAAACCAAUCACGAAUAAGAAAGAAGUAGUUAGUGAUUUUAUUGUCUUACAACUGUUAUAGAGACUAAACUAUUCCACACCUUUUCUAUACAAGCGUUAGAUGAAAUGUUCGAUUCAGUGUCUGGUUGUAUAAUUCCCCCUUCUCCUCAGAGUUUGUUGCUGAAUAUUUAGCAUGCCAGAAGAAGAACAAUUAUAUUUCCUGUUAUUUACAAAAUUUUGUGGAAUUUAUUUUACUCCUAUUGCUCUUGUAACAAAAUAAGAAAAGAGUUGUUUUUUAACAGGAUAGUGUUUCAGAUACUACAAUUGGAUUCCAGUGCUGUUGCUCCAAAGACUUCAUCUAACUGAUUUGCUUUACACACCUGCAGACCCUCACAAAUCAGCCCAGCACUGCCCUCAAAAUUGUACCUCAGGGUAAUUUUGAAAUGCAGUCAUGCAUCUUCAGUCUUUCCCUUUGUCAUCUUCUGUCUAAACCUGCAGAUUGGUACAGAUUUUGGAAAUGGAACAUUAAGUAUGUUUAACUAGUGUUAAAAAUGUUUUGCCUCCAUUUAUAGCUAGGUUCCAAACUGUAACUGUCUCCCAAGUCUGCAAUCUUGUCAUACUCCAAUGAUAAAGGAGCACUGGCGAAGUUCUUGUUACAAUAACUCUUUUUUUAUUUUACUAAGCAAGAGACUGUUAUAAACAACGAUUUUCUUUUUUAUUUCUUGUUUGAAGAAAUUAAUGACCACACCUGGCAAAGUAACUGAGGAACACAACAGGAAAGGAAUGAUGAUUCCUGAAAUUUCUGCGUUGAAAAAUGCAGGAAAAUCAUUACCAAACUCAGUGAUGUAUGAGCAAGUGUCAGGUGAAGGCUGGCUAUGCAACUAUUGUAGUUAAAUUUUGCUUUCUACAAUACCCUCUGAAGAGCUGAUCCUCUGUGGAUCUCAGAUCUCUUCAUGACCACAGUUCUGCACCUCAGGCACUAAAGGAACUGUUUCCCCUCUCAAGGCUCACGCUGUUGCCACCUCCUUUGCACCACCUCUAUUGCCUGUACAGCUGGUGAAGCUGCUUGUGCUGAGUACGCAGGGAGAGCUGGAGGGGAGGGGUGCAAACAAACCCAGCCUCUCCAGCAGUACUGGGGUUAACUGAGCACAGAGCCAGAUCACAAAGCGUGGGGAUGGCAGCUUGCAUACAGCUUCUGUAGUUUCCAGUACUGAUCCCAGUCACAUCUGUUAGGAGCAGUGUAAAACUCACCUCCUGUCAGAGCAUCACAGAAGUGUUUGGUUUGGAAGAGACUUCAAAGGUUGUCUAGUUCCAAAUCCCUAUCAGGGAGGCACUUUUCACCAGAAGAAGUUGCCCAUCCAACCUAUCUUGAACAUUUCCAGGGAUGACUGCUCUCAAACUCCAGUGGCUAGCACCAUACCUUUAGGUAGGAUUGUGAAGUUAAGAGAUAGAAGUUUCCUUGUUCAUCAUUGUUCUAGUGAUUCACAUUUUAUUUCAUUUUAAAUUAAAUAUUUUGAUGGCAUCUGUUUAAAGUUCCUGCUGACAACAUCAUGAUUUGGGAUUGGCAACUGUUGUACAGCAGUGAAUUAAUUUUAAACAGUAUAAUUAAAUUCUUUCGUUGCAUCUACACAGUGCUGAUUCUCCCCAAGAGAGAUCCAGGCUCUCUUUAACUAAAGCAACACUUAGCAAACAGCAGUGUAAAGCUUCUACAUCCUUGUUGUCAAGGCUAAGAACAUUGGUUAGCUUUCAUUAGCAAUGUGUGCAACUGCAGGCAGGGCUGAGAAGACAGAAGGGUAUUUGAAAAGCUGUACAUCACUCACCAGUGUGUUUUAAGAGGUUUAUGUCUGCUAACAUAAUGCUGUUGAUUUUGCAAAUAUUUAAUGUGUGCUUAAUGAUCUGACUAUAUGUGGCCUUUUUGCUUCAGUAGAGCUCUUUAUUCUCCAAAAGAUUCAAUAUACACCCAGGUGUUUGCAGAAUCAGAGCCUAAUAUUGCAAUGCCUAUUAUCCUUUGUUUCACAAUAUAUUCUGGCACUCUUUUUUACCAUGGCCAAAAAAGUAUGUAUGGGAUGUAUGUUUGAGCAACUGCAACUGUUCUAGUUGAUGUUAUAGCAACCCUUCAGUUAUCUAUGCAUUUUUUUAUAAUACCUAGUAAUUCUGUAGGCUGGCAGCCAUGUUCACUAUGCCUUGUAUGUCUGAUGCCAUAUUCUAACUUAACCUGUUAAAUAUAGCUUAAAUAUUUUUAUUUUAUUUAUUCUAUUUUUACUGAAAUAUCCUCAUUAUUAUGUUGA